GUGCGGGGACGCGUGGAGGAGCUUGGAGGAAGGUGUGCGCACGGGCCGAGACGACGACCGCGCUACGUGUGUGCUCGCAGAAGCGGGCGAGGAGAUCGCGCGUACACGCUUGGUGGUGGUCGUUCGGAGGUUGCAGUACUACGUGCGACGAUUUCAAGCAGCUCGGCGGCGAGUGUUUUAGAGGCUAGCUGGCCUGCUGCCGACGCCGCUGCCUGUGCGCGGUGACGCCCCGUCGCUAGCGGCUGUGAAGAAGAGGUCAGCCCGCGGCAAGUGCGUCGUCGUCAAGCUCUUCUAUCGCAGACGAGCGCGCGGUUGCGCCUACACAUUUUCUCCGUGUGUGCGUGUGCAACUUCUGUAUCUGUGCGCUUAUAGCUACCGUCUGGUCUUCGUCUGGAGCUCUUGCAAGCGGGCAGGACGCGUCUGAUCGCCUGGAAGGACCUCGGUGAACCAUAUUGUGCCGUGUGUUCGCGCAACGCUUGUCGUCUGUCACUCGUCUUCCCGAGGACAUCGUAUGGACGUUUCUUCUGCGACGUGGAUUCGUCGCCGUCCUUCUGGAUCAGAAGACGUGCGUGCCUCUGUGGACGUUCGGGAGACGUCGACCGUGUGUGCCCUACGCGCGCGUUGUGUAGUUACUUGUGGUUGGGUCGUCGAGCGGCGGAUUAAGACAACCUGUGACGCAGUUAUUCUUCGGUGACGCAUACCUGUAUGCGUGCUGGACUACAACGUCGGUUUCCGGAGGGGAAACGUCGAACGCGUGAUGCUAUAUGGACGUCCCGCUGUACUUUGUACGUAUAGGUCUCGGUUCGUCCUGGUCGCCGGAUCCGUUUUGAAAGCUGUCUUCUCGCGGUACGGCGUCACCUAAACCGCAAGUCGACGUCCUUGUGAAGCGACCGCGCUUGCUGACCACUCUUCUGAAGUGAUUGUCAUUCUAUAAGGCAUUUGGUUUGCUAUUUCACUAUCCCUCGGAUAGCCAGUGGGAUUGGGCUCCAAAACCGUGAGCAGCGUUUUACACUGCACCACUCUCAGCAGCAUAUGCGCGCGGCCUUCGUUGUGAACGAGCACCCCUGCGCGCUUGGAUGAGUUCUCCUCCUUCUGUAAGCUGUUCUCUGGCGUCGCCAACAUUUUUGCCUUAGGGCAACCGCGGUAACCCGAAGCCGUACAAAGUGACUAACGUGUUUACAAACUUCGGUUCCGGUUCCGCUGUUCGCGUUGGCCUGAGGUAAUCGCUCGCUUAACCGCACGUUUACACACGUCACGGCUGGAAAGGGCGUGGCGUUUGAUUGCCAGUUCGUAUAACAGGAUUGACUUUUCUACAAGACCUCUCCAGUGCAUUAUAGGUGACGGAAGAUCGGCGUUGAUUCGGUUUGCGAGAGACUCUAUUCUUUGUCUUUACUAAACGGACCCGAUAUAUGUCAGGAGCGCAACUGUUCCGCGGACAACAAUAGUGUGACAUUUGCAGAUUCUCCCGCGCAUGCUUCGUGCUGAAGAGCGUGUGUACAAUUUACUUGCGGUCACGCGCUCUUGUCGUUGUCGAUCGGGAUAUUGCCGCAGUGUUUCUUGAUGGCCCUUGGAAGAACGUACGCGGUAAUAGAAGUGCGUCUACUGUAGUUUCGUUUCGAACCACCAGUUUUCGUCUCGUCUAAGAACAAGAAGUUUCGAGGAAUACCAACAUCAGCGACCAGCAACAACACGAACGAUGAAGACGUUGAAGCAGUGCAUCUCGGCGCCGUCUGAAGAAAGACCACAGAUGGCGGCGAUCCGAAAGAAACUCGUGAUAGUCGGAGACGGCGCGUGCGGUAAGACCUGUCUGCUGAUCGUCUUCAGCAAGGAUCAGUUCCCCGAGGUCUACGUGCCCACUGUCUUCGAAAACUAUGUCGCCGACAUCGAAGUCGACGGGAAGCAGGUUGAGCUGGCCUUAUGGGACACAGCGGGGCAGGAGGACUACGACCGGUUGCGGCCCCUGUCGUAUCCGGACACAGAUGUAAUCCUCAUGUGCUUCAGCAUUGACUCCCCGGAUUCCCUCGAGAACAUCCCGGAGAAGUGGACGCCCGAGGUGCGCCACUUCUGCCCCAACGUGCCCAUCAUCCUCGUGGGGAACAAAAAGGACCUGCGCAAUGACCCGCACACGCUGCGGGAGCUUGCGAAGAUGAAACAGAAGCCCGUGGCGCCGGAGGAAGGGCGCACCAUGGCGGAGAAGAUCAACGCCUACGGCUACCUGGAGUGCUCUGCCAAGACCAAGGACGGUGUGCGCGAGGUGUUUGAGACUGCAACGAGGGCCGCCCUGCAGGUCAAGAGGCCGAAGAAGACAAAGUGCGUUCUGCUCUAGAGUUAAAACCUUUUUCCCGUUCCCGGUCAGAAGCCUGAAAAAAGGGGGCUGGAGGAGCUUCUCUCGCUGCAGUGUCUUCGCCGCUUUGUUGUGCGUGCCGCCUCCUCCUCUACGUUGAAGAAAACUUCCCCGCACCUUCGUCCUGCUCUGCUUGCACUUCGCGCCGUGCGUCAGGUGCCGCCUCUCUCGUCCACUGUCGUCGUCUUCAACAUCCUCGAGUCCCGUCUUCUCCUCUUUGUGCAUCGUUGCCUGGCCUCUCGAGCCGGGCUGCGAGGACAGAGAUGGCGGAGCACCGGCCCGCCUCCGCGUCUCCGGGCAAUGCCGCGCGGAAAAGGCCACGCUGUGGUACUUCCUUGAAUGUUCUUCGAGCUGCUGGCAUUUCAAGAGGCUUCAAAGAAAGUGCCGGUCACGCUUCGUCGCCUUGUGCAUGGAAAAGGACUUUUUUUUUUUCAAGUUUGUGUGACAUUGAAGGGCAUUUUGGGGCUGUGGGGGACGUGCACGAGUGCUCUUUUUUUCUCUUUAAGAUGUUGAGAACCAUCCUUCCCUUUUUCCUUUCUUUCUCUGAAACCUUCUACACAGUACAUUUGUUGUGCAAGGGUUGGCGCCAAGGUGGGGAGGCCAAAGUGCGUGGGGUGAGCGCCGUUUCGAGUUCUCGACGUGGGGCAAGCGGCGGAAGACCCCCAACUUUCUUUUUACAAGUCACGGUUGGCGUGCGUUCGGAGCAGAACCGCGUUUGCGACACCUGGAUCGGGGAGUGUCAAUUCGCCGCUGCCUGCGACGCGCGGUUUUUGACGCGGUGUCUCAUUGGCGCACUUUCACAGACCGCUGCUAACCACAUUCAGUGUUGUGGCUUCCUUCUCGCACGCGACCUGCUGGUACUGUCUGUCAAAGCUUCUCUAGUAGAGUGCUGAGGGUUUGUGGAGGAAGUUUGCGCUCGCCAAAAGCAGGCAGUCUAACCCUAGACCAAGUGCCUGGAAACCUUUUUUUUUUAGACCUUUCUUUCAACCCUCUUUUGUCAUGUUCUGGUCAGAUGUGCCCUGUUAAUACCCCUCGUGGCUGCCGUUGCUAGCAGUGAGCGAACGGAGACGGAUAGACAGAUGGGGCUGCGGAAAGACUUGACUCUUUGAACAUUAGCUGUUGCUUUGAGUCUGUCGUGCGCCUGUGACUGGGACUGAAGUUUUGUGAGCUCUGUAUCUGUGUGUGUGUAAGCGGGUUUUCUUAUAAAAAGCUUUUUUCUGUUUGAUGUACAUUUCUUUCUUUUUGUGUUGCUAUUUCUGUCUUGCUAGGCCUUUGCUUUGAAGUUCUGCUUCGUUGUGCGAUUGGUGGGAGCACGAAUAGCUUGUUUUAGAGCUGAAAAAUGCAGCACUGAUGCAAAACUGCCGGGAACUAGUGUUAACUCUUUUUACUCGUCUCGAAGCUGGAGUUUGUAAAGGUUACUGCACCUUAACCAAAGGAUGUUAAUUAAACAGCAUCGAAAUUUGGACUGGGCCCAGGAAAAUGCACAAGAACUCGUCUGUCGUUUCGCUUGUUUGGUCUUUUUGUCCGAUUCCGUGCUUGUCUUGUAUGCCUGCCUAUUCUGUGGAGCAGCUAUUGUAAACUGGUAAACAAGUUUACAGUACUGGCUCGCUUCACGUGAAAUUGUGAGGUUUAGGUUAAUCUGGAAGCCACUUAAAAAUGAUGCUGGAAGGCUGCGCGAAUAGAGCGUGGGCCUUGACUGCAUUGCAUCUGGUAGAAGCGCUUGGUUUUGCAGAGUGCGAUUUCGACAAGCGCCCUUGGUCGAGCGUAGGCAAUUUUUCAUCUGUCUGGCCUUGUUGUGGACUGUGAAGAUGAGUGAUCGCGAUACUUCAACACACUGCAGCAUGUCGGGAUUGUAAUAAAAGAAAAAGAAAGAAAUAUGUUGAAGUAGCUUCUCAUUUUAGGUUUGGUAGUAUUCCUCGCGCAUUUGUACCCUGCGCAAAACGUGGGGAAAAAAUAAAAUUUACUUCAGUAGCGGCAUUGUUGGUGGCAAGCUCUGCCACUGAAGGCCCGCUGAAACUACAUCUAUACAAAAAAAAAUUGCUUGAACUCCUUAGUUGUCUGUACAUGUCGGUGAAUUUUGCAUUGUCAUUGCUACCAAAGACUCUUGGUCAUUUUGUCUAAAUUUUGAACAUGCAUUAUAUUUUGUGCUGGGAGUGCUGACAGUUGAAUUAGUUGAAUCAAUGAGUAUAACUGGGCUUUAAAUUAAAUUUUGAACAUGCAUUAUAUUUUGUGCUGGGAGUGCUGACAGUUGAAUUAGUUGAAUCAAUGAGUAUAACUGGGCUUUAAAUUAAAUAUAGUAUUAAUCUUUCUGCCUGGUUGUCAAAUUCCUUUGCAUAAUUUGCUUCCGCAGAAAAAAGAAUUUGAGAGACCUCGCAGAGCUUGUGUUGAUCGAAUUUCCCCAUACAAUUCAGCAUGUGUUGGUAGAUUGUUACUAGUUUUCUGUUUGGACGUAAGGUAGCAGCCACGUUCAUUUUCUUGGUUUCAUAUCACAUGUAGGGUAGUAGGCGACUUAGUUUAUAUACUUCACAACUGUCAUGAAAGAUUGAGGACCAAGUGAAAUGUCAACGCACUGUUUAAAAAAUUUUAUUACAUUGCCCCCCACCCCCUAAAACAAGUUGGGACUAUAAGCAGCUUGCAAAGCUUUCAAAGGGUGUUAAGUGUGUCUGUGGCCAUGUGACUUGAUCAGCCUCAAUAUUGUUUUGUAGGAUCAUGUUCUAAACAGUGUUGCCAAACACUUUUUCCUACUAGUUCUGUGCACGGGCACAAAGAAACGGUGGGCACAUUUUUGAGAUGCACUCAUGAAAGGCGGAGUGAUGGUUGUCUUUACGGUACUAUAAACAGUCUUUGUUUUAAAAUGUAUUUGCCGAGAACGAGAGCUUUAUUUUUGUCUUCUUUCCGUGCUGGUGGUCUUCGUGGAUGAAGUCGAAAGCGUAUAUCGCUAAUGAAGAGCUUUGAAGAAAAAAAAAACGAAUGUGGAUUUGCGCGGCUUUUGCGAUGCACUGUUGCGUGAAUUAGUAACUGCUACGCUGCGUGGCUUUUUUUACCUUUCUUUUUUUCGCGCCUUGCGAGGUCGGUGCCGCCGCUCGUGAGUUAAUCAUCCUCCAGAGUGUCUUUUAUUGUUUUUUUUUCUAGGCAUUUCUAACCGGAAACGUGGCAAGGUGCGACGACACCGUCUUAACUAAGAGAAGAUGUUCUCAUUUUCUCACUUCUCGUAUUGUACAUAUUUAAGGAAAAAAAAAAAGAGCUAUGUCCGCGUGUUUUUUUUUUUUGAUGUCGCUGUUUUUCAACCUCUCCUGUUUCUGUAACAGUGCCGAGCAUUUGUGAUGGCGGCGCAAUUUUUUAUACGGGGAAGCAAGACAGCUUAGUGCAUUGUUCUGUCGGUUAUAUGUGUAUGGUAGGCCUCCUGUAACUAUUAUUAUUAUUAAAGCAUACUUUUGGUGAA